UCGUGGGCGUGUGGGCGUCGCGAAGUCAGGGGUCCUGGUGUCCGGGGGUUGGGACACUGAGGGCCCAUCGGCUCUUCUGCGGUAGGGCGGCGGGGACUCAGGCUCUGCCAGGUGCUCCUUGUCCGCGACCCUCUUCCAGGGGACGGCCAGCGUCUGAGCCGGGGGAGGGUCGGGCCAGGUCGGAUUGGGUUCCGCCGGGGAGGAGGCGUUUCUGAGCCGGCCCAGCCACCCAGCACCGGUGACAUCACCGACCACCCUCCCCCGCCCGAGCCCCCUCCUCUCUCCCCCUCUCUGCUCGCCGCGCCUUUUGUCCCGGCGGGGUCGGCUCUGCCCCGCCCCCCCCCGCCCAUCUGCGAGGGAGGAGACUCCCUGUCAGUGACUUCAUUGAGUAGGUUCUGGGGGAUUGGGGUCGGGUCCUCCCCGACAGAGAGGCAGAGGAACUUAGUGCUUCUCGGGCCCUCACAGACAAUCACACCUGUCACAGGUACACACGCUGCCACUCACACGCACGCUCGCACUGCCAGCCUUCCUGCCACACGGCCACACAGCCAUUCACAAGCAGCCAGACAUUGCCGCCCUUAAGAGCUGGUGGCCACUGGACCCCAUCCCUUCACUCUCCACGCCUGGGCAUCAGGUCCAGCUCCAGCUCCUGUUGCACGGGACAGGCCUUGCUGGGUAAGUGCCUCUGAGGACCCGAGGAGGUGACUGCCAGAGCUGCAGCUUUCCAAGCAGGCUCCAGUGGAGCGAGCAGAGGUGAGGGGCUGGGCUGGGCAUGUUUAAGCGCACAGUGCUCUCCUGCCCAUCCCCAGCAGCAUCCCCACUGCAGGCCCGAGGAGCUUUCCGGAGCUUCCCACACUUCUGGGGAGAAGACUUCUUAGCCAGCUUGAUGUUUAAAAUUCAGCUGGAGCCCUUAAAACUUCGAGCGUGGACGCUGAAUGGGUUUGUAAAGUUUCGAAACAAGGAGACCAGUGCCGGUCCAGUGGCUGUGAUGGGAAAGGACUAUUACAAGAUUCUUGGGAUCCCAUCGGGAGCCAAUGAGGAUGAGAUCAAGAAAGCAUAUCGGAAGAUGGCCUUGAAGUACCACCCAGACAAGAACAAAGAACCCAAUGCUGAGGAGAAGUUUAAGGAAAUUGCAGAGGCCUAUGAUGUGCUGAGUGACCCUAAGAAACGAGGCCUGUAUGACCAGUAUGGGGAGGAAGGCCUGAAGACUGGCGGUGGUUCGUCAGGUGGCUCCAGUGGCUCUUUUCACUACACCUUUCAUGGGGACCCCCAUGCCACCUUUGCCUCCUUCUUUGGUGGCUCCAACCCCUUCGAUAUCUUCUUUGCCAGCACUCGUUCCACUCGACCGUUCAGUGGUUUUGAUCCAGAUGACAUGGAUGUGGAUGAUGAUGAGGACCCAUUUGGUGCCUUCGGCCGCUUUGGCUUCAAUGGGCUGAGUAGGGGUCCAAGGCGAGCCCCCGAACCACUGUACCCUCGGCGCAAGGUGCAGGACCCACCUGUGGUGCAUGAGCUGAGGGUGUCCCUGGAGGAGAUCUACCAUGGCUCCACCAAGCGUAUGAAGAUCACGAGGCGGCGCCUCAACCCUGAUGGGAGAACUGUGCGCACCGAGGACAAGAUCCUGCACAUUGUUAUCAAGCGUGGCUGGAAGGAAGGCACCAAGAUCACCUUCCCCAAAGAGGGUGAUGCCACACCUGACAACAUCCCUGCUGACAUAGUCUUUGUGCUCAAAGACAAGCCCCAUGCACACUUCCGCCGAGAUGGUACCAACGUGCUCUACAGUGCCCUGAUCAGCCUCAAGGAGGCACUGUGUGGCUGUACCGUGAACAUUCCCACCAUUGAUGGCCGAGUGAUCGCUUUGCCCUGCAAUGAUGUCAUCAAGCCAGGCACCGUGAAGAGACUCCGUGGGGAGGGCCUUCCCUUCCCCAAGGUGCCCACCCAACGGGGAGACCUCAUUGUUGAGUUCAAAGUUCGCUUCCCAGACAGAUUAACACCACAGACACGACAGAUCCUUAAGCAGCACCUGCCCUGUUCCUAGGCUCUGCCCCAGCCAGCCCAGAGUCUACCACAGCAAUACCCCCACACUCGCCCCACCCAACGUGCACCCAACUUGAUGUCCACUGGACACUGGCAACUUUUUUAAAUGCAAAAAAAAAGCCACUGUUUUUUUCAGGAAAAUGUUCCUGUCCCUGACCCCUUUCAGAGCUGGGCUGCCUUGGGGGAGUGGGAGGGAGGUGGGGAGAACUAGCCCAGACCAGGGGUCAAUUUUCAUGUCACUUGCUUUGAAUCCAGUUCCCACUCCAGUGGCUGGAGAGUGACCUGAGUGCUACUUGAAGAUAUAGAGAUUCCUUGUCCACGCCUGUAAAUAGCAUACCCUCCUUCCCCGCUCAGCUUUGCUGACACCUCGCCUCUCCCUUCCCUCUGGCUUCCGCCUAUGGAGGAGGAAGAGGAUGGAAAGGACACUGCUUUCCCACCCCAGCCCCACCCCCUGUCCACAGUGUCCGAGGUUAUCACACACAUAUUCACACACACCUAGAGCUGUCUGUGCCUCUCCCAGGUUGAGAUAGAAAGGGAAGGUCCAUAACCGGGCCAUUGAGCACGAGACACUUUUCAUCUGGGGCAGGGAGGUGAACGGGGCCCUCAGCAGCCUCCCGGACAGCUCCCCUGCCCAGACCCCACAGAGCUGAAAGUUCUGUCCUCCCUGUUGCUCUCAGGAGUGUGCAAGCAUGGAGGGAGGGGAAGGGGGCCUGCUGUAUUAAAGCUAAGAGGUGGGGGGCAGGAUCCAUCUCCCAGCCUUCAUCAGGAAGGGAAAGGGCUUUGGGGUCAGGUGGCAGCUAUUCCCCAGCACGAGAUUCAGGGUCACAGGUUUCUCCCCACACCUCUGAACUCAGGGCCUCGCCACCCCAAAACUUCCAAAUCCCAUUUUUGUGAUAUGUGUAACUACUUAUUUCCUACCCUUCAUGGAGGCUGUGUGGGAAAUUUCCAGCCCUUUGAUGCCUAUGUGACUCCACCCCAUUCCCAGAGUUGUGAAAGAUCCAGUAGUGCAGGAUCUAGGGUAAGACUGCUUCAGCAAGGUCCUGGGGUGGGGUCUUUAGGUUUUCUCACAUUGACAAGCCCCUGAAUGUUUUUAUAGUAGUUUUUUUUUUGUAUUUUUUGUAAUGACAGUAUUAUGAAAAAAAUAAAAUAUUUUAAAAAUAUGGCA